AUGGCGGACAACUUGAGGAUAGCGGUUAUCGGAGCUGGCAUGGGUGGGCUCGCGGCAGCCCUCGGUCUGGCAAAAGCUGGCCACAAGAACAUUACCAUCUACGAGCAUGCACCGAACCUGGGCUUUGUCGGUGCAGGUAUUCAGCUAGCGCCAAACAUGGCCCGAAUUCUUGACAAAUUUGGCUGCUGGCAGAAGAUUGCCUCCGAAGCCGUUCAAUGCGCGAAUACAUCAAUCCGUGAAGGCUCCACAGAUAAAGAGCUGGGCUAUGUAGAUUUAGACUACGUCAAGGAGAAGUACGGAUACCCGCACAUGGUUGGACAUCGAGCCAGUCUAGCCGGUGGACUCUGCGAGGGAUGCGAACAAGAAGCUGGCAUCACAUUCAAGCUCGGAAGCCAAAUCUCGGAUAUCAAAUUUGGUCCCAAGCCGUCGUUCAAGGUGAAUCCUACGACAGGUGGCGAGAGCUACAACGUAGAAUGUGAUAUUCUCCUUGGUGCCGAUGGAGUAAAGUCGAACACCCGUGUGCAGAUGCUCAAAGAACUCGGACACCAGGGCCAAGCAAGAGAUUCGGGACAAGCAGCAUACCGUAUCAUGCUCACGCGCGAGCAAAUGCAGCAUGAUCCUGAACUGCUUAAGCUCAUCGAAUCGGACACGGUAACGCGCUGGAUCGGUGAGAAGAAGCACAUCAUCGCAUACCCAAUUCACAACAAGACAAUCUACAACAUUAGUACCGCGCAACCAGAUGUAAACUUCGCCGGCGCACCAGACGCGCAAUACACGACGCGAGGAAGCAAGAAAGCGAUGCUGGAAGUCUACGGCGACUUCUGUCCCAUGAUACACCACAUGCUGGAUCUCGUUCCCGAAGGCGAAGUUGUAGAAUGGAAGCUCCGGGUCCACGACCCACUGCAAACAUGGGUACACGGCAGCACCGCCCUCGUCGGAGAUGCAUGCCACCCAACUCUCCCGCAUAUGGCACAGGGUGCGGCACAAGCUAUCGAGGACGGCGCAGUCCUCGGCGUCGUUUUAUCGCCUUCCAGAAUCGCCGACGGUAAGCCCGAGACUAUUGAGAAAGCACUCAGGCUGUACGAGAAAUUACGGAAACCUAGAGCGGAAGCACUUGUUGAACUGGCAGCGGAAAGUGGGAGGGCCAUGCAUUUGGGUGCUGGAAAGGCGAAGGAGGAGAGGGACAAGGUCUUUGCGGCGCUUAAGGCUGGGACAGGCAAGGUGCCGGAUAAAUGGGCUGAUGCCGAUGUUCAGUCGCAGGUGUACGGAGUGGAUGUUGUUGCUGAUGCUGAAGCACUGUGUGAAGUGGAGGGCUUGGUUGCGAAAUUGUAA